CACUGAACUGAUACCAGCCGACCCGAGCACCCUUAGUAGGCGGCGCUGGUGAUCAUCUUCAGGUGACGCAUUAGAAGGGGAAAUAAGUACUCUCGAGUAUUCUCGUAAUGUGUGAAUUAUGAUAGUUCAGGCACAUUAGUCGUUGACUAAGUGGUAUCCCGUUCCUCUUUUCUUCAUCCUAGUAGCGGAUCCCACCAUAAGCUACCCCUGGUAGACCGAAUGCCUGCUAACAUUGACCGAAUGGCAUUCAGCAACCGCUACUAUUACGAAACCCUAUUUUCGCAAAUCCGAUCCUUCCGCAUCUCGCCCUCCCAGAGCACCUCGACCCGGUUCGUACCACGUCAGCCCGUGCCGAAGGCCUCUCGUUCGUUGACACGUGUCAGAGACUCGGUGGUUUGUAGAGCUCGCUCUAAACUCGACGCAAUGGCGGGAAAUGAAGUAGAAGGCGCCAAUGACGGGAAUAUAGUAGGUCCCGGUCUAGAGCAGCGGAAUUCGAGUCGAAGAGAAAGAGAAUUCGAGUCGAGCAGCGGUUCCCCACCAGCAGGAGCACCCAGCAUUGGCCGAUCAGGAUCCAGCCAAUCAGACGCCAGCGCGGAUCGGUGGUUGUCGGAUCGCAGCCGUUCGUUCGGGCCUUCGGUGAUCGUGGAGGUGACGCGGUUGGCGAAGAAGAGAGGGGCCAUCAACCUGGGGGAAGGGUUUCCUGACUACCCUGCUCCGCAAGCUCUUAAGGACGCUGGGAUCGCCGCCAUUGCUGCUGAUGUGAAUCAAUACGACUACAACGCAUCUCUGGCAGCACUCGUGGCAAGCACCUUCUCAGAAGCUUCCGGCAUUCCAGUGGAUCCAGAAACAGAGGUGGCUCUCAGCUCCGGCCAGACCUGUUCCUUUGCCUCGGCAUGCCUUGCAGUGUUUCAGCCUGGCGAUGACGUCAUCCUAUUCGACCCGGCCUUUGAGGCUUACCACGGGGCCAUACUGAUUGCUGGAGCCAACCCGGUGUACGUUCCUCUCUCCCCCCCUCAUUGGACCAUCGAUUUCGACCUGCUGUCAGCCGCCCUCACACCACGCACCAAAGCCAUUGUGCUCAACAGCCCUUGCAACCCAACUGGCCGUGUGUUCUCACAUGCUGAGCUGUCUCAACUCGCAGCCUUCUGCCAGCACCACGACCUGCUGGCGAUCACAGACGAGGUCUACAGUGCAUUCACCUAUGGCGGUGCACGCCACAUGUCGCUCGCUCAUUGGCCGGGCAUGAAGCAGCGCUGCAUCGUUACCUCGUCCGUCUCCAAAACUUUCCACGUCACAGGUUGGCGCGUGGGGUGGGCCAUCGCCCCGGCGCCUAUCGCUGCUGCUAUCAGCACCAUCAGCGCCAAGCUCAUCGACACUCCUCCGGCCCCCUUCCAGGAAGCUUCCCGCGCUGCCCUGAGCCUGCCUUCGAGCUACUACACUCAACUAAUGGAGGACUACACUGCUAGGCGAGACAUGGCAGUGGCAAUGCUGCUGGACGCAGGGCUGGAGGUGCCCCUCGUUCCGGAGGGUUCCGUGUUUGUCUUCGCACGCAUUCCCGAGCGAUGGGGUGUUAACGAUCUGGAGUUCUGCAGGAGGGUGAUCGAGGAUUGUGGGGUGGCCUUCGUCCCUGGUCGAAUAUUCUUCCACCCGGCCCAUUCUCCCAGUCCAAACCCACCUGACCAACCACCUGACCAUCCACCUGACCAGCUACCUGCUCGAUCACCUGAUCAACCACCUGAUAGCGCUGACAGGCAUGUAGAGCCGAGCACCAAUCCAGUCGUGCCAGCUCAGCAUCGUUAUGUUCGCGUGGCGUUUUGCAAGAGCAUGGAGACGCUAAGAGCAGCUCGAGGUGCGCUGAAACACAUGCAGGGGAUGUUUUGACCUGCUUAACUCAAUAAUAAUGCACCAUCGAUUGACGUGACACGUGUAAAUGCAUGCUUUGAUCCGUUUAGCCAGUGACGAAUGAUACAUCUACUGGCAUAACUGGUUGCAUCUUCUACGCCGUCCCGCUUGGGGUGGUUA